AGUGGAUUUUAUUAAUAGUGGGUGAGAAAUAGCGAAUAGGUGAUUUAUCUUAAAAUUAUAUUUUCAAUAAAUGUCAAGUUAAUAAGGAUACACCACCCCCAAGUAUUUUGUUCAUUAUUAGUUAUACUAAAAGAUGAGAAUGUAAAAUGACCACAUAAUUAACUUAUCGAAUGUAUUCAAGGUCAAAGAAAAUACUUCAGCUAUUAGGAAGACUUAAUUCUAAAUAUAUAAAUCUUUAAAUGUUCUAUAUUGUAUAAGAUGAAUACCACUGGAUCGUUAAAUCCUACAAUUCCAAAUCAAAAUGAUACGAAUUUAUUGUAUAGAAGGGAUUUACUUGAUUAUGUAUUAAAUUAUAUGAUAAAUAGUAAUCGAAUGGAUAUUUUAUGCUCAAACUCAUUUAUUAUGGAUUCUUUGUUAAAUGUCAAUUCACAAUUAAAUUAUAAUACUGUAUUACAUAAUAGUCCAUUUUAUUCAAAUUUAAUCUCUUAUUUAUUUCCUAUGGAUUUAAAUGUUAAUAUAUUACAACAACGUCAAAACCCCCAGAUACAAAAUUGGAUUAAUGAUUGGUUAGUUAAUAAUAAUCAUAGCAAUAAUAAUAAUAAUAAUAAUAAUAAUAAUAAUAAUAAUAAUAAUAGUAAUAAUAAUAUUUCGGAUCCAACAUUAGUAUACCUUAGAGUAGCUACUCAAUGUAUUCUACGUUACCUAUUAACAACAAAUCAUUAUCAACAAACUUUAUAUUUGAAUUCUUUUCUUCAUUCUAAUUAUUCAUCAACAUUGACUACAUAUAAUACAACUAAUCAGAAUAAUAUAUUAUUUCAAUCAAAUAAAAAUUCAUUAGAAUCUAAUUAUAUAAUAAAUGAAAAUUCAUCAAUUACACGUAUAAAACGUUAUAAGUGUACUUAUCCAAAUUGUACAAAAGCAUAUUAUAAAAGAUCUCAUUUAAAUGAACAUUAUCAUUUACAUACUGGUGCUAAACCACAUUUAUGUAAUCAACCUGGUUGUAGUGCAAGAUUUACACGUGCUGAUCAAUUAUCACGUCAUAGACGUGCACAUACUGGUGAACGUAAUUUUCGUUGUAAUGUUUGUUUAAAACGUUUUAAACGUAGUGAUCAUUUAAAGGUACAUUUAACUAGGAAUGUAUGUACAAAAUUUAAUUUAUAAAAAAAAUUUCUUAUAUAUUUAAAAAAAAGCAUCGAUUUCUUUUUUGAAUAGUUGAAGUGGUAAACAACAAACAAUAAUAUUUCAGUAGUUGAGAUCAUGAGUCAAUUGAAGCUAGACCACCAUGGAAGAACUGGAAGCACUGAAUGGUCGCUUUGUUCUAGUAUGGGACUCUUCAGCAGUGCACAUCAACGAUCCCGCCUCGCGAUAUUCGAACCCAGGACUUAUCGGUCUCGCGUACGAACGCUUAACCUCUAGACCACUGAGCUGGCAUCCAGAUUUUCCAUGGUGGUCUAGCUUUAAUUGACUCAUGAAUUCAACUGUUAAAUUACUAUAAUAUCUACAAAACCCUAAUCUCUAUUUUACCAAAUAUAUUUACUAUAUUUUAAUAAAAUGUAUCAUUGAAUAGUUUAUAAGGUGUUUGAAAUCAAAUAUUUAUUCUUAUAGUAAUUAUUUGAAAUAUAUAUUUUUAAAAA